AUAUAUUUCUGACAUAUUACCAGCUUCCACCCAGUCGUGCGAUGCACGCAAGUUUGUGGUGCAGUGCACUUGGGUCAGCCAUGCAUGUCAGUCUGCGUCCUUCAUCCCACCACGUUCUUGCGAUCUUUGCCAUCACAUAAAGAGGAAAAGACCACCAAAUCUCUUUCUGUCUCUACCAACCCUGCCAUGACAUGUGAGCACAUCUCUUUAUCCCUUUCACGGCUGACUCUACCACUAUACAAACCUCCCUUUACUUCAACAAGAGGCCACCUCCGGAAGGCAAGAACAAUGGCCAGAGCUUGGCGAUGGCUCGGCGCCGCCCGUCGAGCGCUGGCGAGGUCCUCGUGCACCAACGCCACCGAUCUCGAUGCCAUCAGGAACACCACCACCACCAUCUACAACCCCAUGACAGCACCAGCAGCAGCAGAAGGAGAAGCCGAGGUUUCUGUGAGCAAGAACUCCAGCUAUCACCCCAGGGAAGACGAGACUGUGGCGUACCGGGAUGCGUUCUCCAGGGAGGACCUCGCGGCGAUCACGAUCCAAGCCUGCUUCAGGGGCCAUCUGGCGCGGCGAGCGUUUCGGGCGCUGAGGAGCCUGGUGAGGCUGCAGGCCGUGGUGCGGGGCGCGUGCGUGCGGCGGCAGGCGCGGAUCGCCAUCCACUGCAUGCAGGCUCUCGUGCGGUUGCAGGUGCGGGUGCGGGCGAGGCAGCUACUGGAUGGAUCAGGAGAGGUUGGCUCAUCGAUGAAGAACUUAAAACUCCAUUGAUCGACUUCUCCCUCUGCUUUUGAUCUUUUUGACCAAGUUAACACAUAUGCUACGAGGUUCUUCUUCUAUUUCUGUUCUUUGUGUUUGACUUUCUUCCUAUCUUA